GCUACAAAAAAGGCCGGAGGCUCGAGUAAAAAUGGACGCAAGUCGCCGGGCCAGCGCCUCGGCGUGAAGCGCUUCGGCGGCCACCCGGUCAGCGCGGGCGAGGUCCUCGUGCGGCAGCGCGGCACGAAAUUCCACCCGGGCAACCUCGUCAAGCGCGGGCGCGACGACACGCUGCGCGCGGCCGCG